AUGGAGGAGAAACGUCGUGAGCCUGGAACCCUAGCUUUUGCUGGUAAUUCCGGAGAUUCUCCGGCAUCUGAACCGACGACGACGCGUCGACGCGGCGGAGCUUUUAAAAGAAAAGCGAAUGCUCUCGGUGGGUCUUCGAAUUCGUCUUCUAUGUCGUCUAAGAGGAUGUUGACUCGAGAAAAGGCGAUGCUUGCUUCGUUUUCUCCGGUACAUAACGGGCCUUUAACUAGAGCUCGUCAAGCACCGAGCAAUAUUCCGUCGGCGGCUGGGGUGAAGUCGUCGGAGGUGUUGAAUGUCGGUGACGGAGAGAAACCCAAGGAGGAAGAAGAACGAAACAAAGCGAUCCGUGAGUGGGAGGCUUUGGAGGCUAAGAUCGAAGCUGAUUUCGAAGGAAUUAGAUCUCGCGAAAGUGAUACUCAUGUGGUGCCUAAUCAUUGCGGUUGGUUUUCAUGGGAGAAUAUUCACCUACUUGAGGAGCGUUCAUUGCCGUCUUUCUUUAAUGGGAAGUUGGAAGGUCGCACUUCUGAGGUAUAUAGGGAAAUACGGAACUGGAUCAUGAGGAAGUUUCAUUCCAAUCCAAACACACAAAUAGAAUUAAAAGACUUAACAGAACUCGAGGUUGGAGAUACAGAAGCAAAGCAGGAAGUGAUGGAGUUCUUGGACUACUGGGGCCUAAUCAAUUUUCACCCAUUCCCACCGGCAGAUACUGGUUCUGCUGCUGCUGAUGAUGAUGAUUUAGGGGAUAAGGAGUCACUGCUUAACAGUUUAUAUCGAUUUCAAGCAGAUGAGGCUUGCCCUGCUCUUGUUCACAAGCCUCGUCUCACAGCACAAGCUACGCCAUCAGGGUUGUUUCCAGAUCCGGUAGCUGCUGAUGAACUGCUAAAGCAAGAGGGUCCAGCAGUCGAAUAUCACUGCAAUUCCUGUUCAGCUGAUUGCUCUCGCAAACGCUACCACUGCCCGAAGCAGGCAGACUUUGACCUGUGUACGGACUGCUUUAACAGUGGCAAGUUCAGCUCAGAUAUGUCAUCGUCCGAUUUCAUAUUAAUGGAGCCUGCUGAGGCCCCUGGCGUUGGUAGUGGUAAGUGGACAGAUCAAGAGACUCUUCUUCUCCUUGAAGCUUUAGAAAUCUUCAAGGAAAAUUGGAAUGAGAUUGCAGAGCAUGUUGCUACAAAAACAAAAGCUCAGUGUAUGCUUCAUUUUCUUCAAAUGCCAAUCGAGGAUGCAUUUCUUGAUCAAAUUGACCACAAAGAUCCAAGUACAAAAGACACUACAGAUUUAGCUGUGUCCAAAGAUGAUAAAUCUGUCCUGAAAGAUUCACCUGAAGAGGCAGAGAACAAUAAUCAUGUUGAUGAGGUUGAAACUACGAAGGAAGUACCAGAACCAGAAGAUGACAACGAAGGAAAAGUUUCUCAGGAAUCUCCAAAGCCUGGAGAUGCGAGUGAAGAAAGUAAUAGAGUGGAAGCCGACCAGAAAACGCCCAAGCUAGAAACGGUCAUUGAUGAAAGAUGUAAAGAGGAGGCUGAUGAAAACAUUGCUCUGAAAGCUCUGACUGAUGCUUUUGAAGACGUUGGUUAUCCCAUCACACCUGAAGCCGCUUUUUCCUUUGCUGAUUUAGGAUGUCCUGUCAUGGGACUGGCAGCCUUUCUGGUGAGAUUGGCAGGAUCUGACGUUGCUACUGCUUCAGCACGGGCUUCCAUAAAAUCCCUUCGCAGCAAUUCUGGAUUGUUGCUUGCUACAAGACACUGUUUUAUUCUGGAAGAUCCACCAGACGACAAGAAGGAUUCAACUGAAUCAAAAAGUGUGGAUGCAGAGGGGAACGAUGAUAAUGCACGUAAAGAUGAGCACUCAGAAGAAAAAAGCCAGAAAGCAGAAGACGUCUCCUUGAACUCAAAUGAUAGGGAAAUGCCAGAUAGUGAUCCAAGCAAAGAAAAUCAGGAUUCAGUCUCUGAAGAAAAGCAACCUGGUUCUCAAAAUGAAAAAUCUGCUAAAAAACCAGACGCUGUACGAGAAAAAAGAUCUAGUAAGUCAGUUGCAACUGACAAUUCAGAGAAACCGGAGGAAACAGUUUGUUCAUCUCAGGAAAAAAGUUCAGGGAAGGACCUUCAAGAACCUUUGAAUGAUGCAAGUAAGGUUUCUAGUGAAAACAAAGACGCCUCACAAGAAACUGUCUCCCAGUCAGCUGCAGAUACGCCUCAGCCAGAAACAUCAAAAGAUGUGGAGAUGAAGGAUGCAUUAACGGAGACGGAUCCUGAAGAUGUUAUCAAAACAGUAGUAGAAGAGGUUCAAAAGUCUGAGAAGGGGGCAAAGGAUGUUCUUAGUAUACCAGACACGUCUGUUCCACAGGAACCUAUUGGAUCGGCUUCUGUACCGGAAAAUGGAACAGGUGGUGAAAAUCCAAGUAAAGAAGGAAAUAAAGAGAAGGAUGUUUGUGAAGGGACAAAGGACAAACAUAACAUUGAGAAGCUUAAGCGCACAGCCAUCUCUGCUAUUUCAGCCGCAGCAGUAAAGGCAAAGAACCUUGCAAAGCAAGAAGAAGAUCAAAUCCGACAACUUUCUGGAUCAUUGAUAGAGAAGCAGUUACUUAAACUAGAAGCAAAGCUAUCUAUCUUCAACGAUGCUGAGAGCUUGACAAUGAGGGUAAGAGAGCAGUUAGAAAGGUCAAGGCAACGGCUAUACCAUGAAAGGGCACAGAUCAUUGCAGCUAGACUCGGUGUCCCACCUUCAAUGUCCUCAAAAGCAUCGUUACCAACAAACAGAAUUGCUGCAAAUUUUGCUAAUAUGGCUCCAAGGCCUCCCAUGGGCAUGGCUUUCCCACGCCCACCAAUGCCAAGACCCCCAGGUACAUCAUCAUUCUCUGUUCCUGGUUCACUUGUAGCUGCUACAACAAUGACCGGAAGCUCAGAUCCAUCACCAGGUUCAGACAAUAAUUCUUCGGUUUAG